AUGGGUCGCGGGCUCUCCGGGGCCCUGCUGGAGACCCACCCAGCCAGCGAGGCGACCCUCCGAGAGGACCCUGCGCGCCCCAGCGAGGCGACCCUCCGAGAGGACCCUGCGCGCACCAGCGAGGCGACCCUCCGAGAGGACCCUGCGCGCCCCAGCGAGGCGACCCUCCGAGAGGACCCUGCGCGCCCCAGCGAGGCGACCCUCCGAGAGGACCCUGCGCGCCCCAGCGAGGCGACCCUCCGAGAGGACCCUGCGCGCCCCAGCGAGGCGACCCUCCGAGAGGACCCUGCGCGCCCCAGCGAGGCGACCCUCCGAGAGGACCCUGCGCGCCCCAGCGAGGCGACCCUCCGAGAGGACCCUGCGCGCCCCAGCGAGGCGACCCUCCGAGAGGACCCUGCGCGCCCCAGCGAGGCGACCCUCCGAGAGGACCCUGCGCGCCCCAGCGAGGCGACCCUCCGAGAGGACCCUGCGCGCCCCAGCGAGGCGACCCUCCGAGAGGACCCUGCGCGCCCCAGCGAGGCGACCCUCCGAGAGGACCCUGCGCGCCCCAGCGAGGCGACCCUCCGAGAGGACCCUGCGCGCCCCAGCGAGGCGACCCUCCGAGAGGACCCUGCGCGCCCCAGCGAGGCGACCCUCCGAGAGGACCCUGCGCGCCCCAGCGAGGCGACCCUCCGAGAGGACCCUGCGCGCCCCAGCGAGGCGACCCUCCGAGAGGACCCUGCGCGCCCCAGCGAGGCGACCCUCCGAGAGGACCCUGCGCGCCCCAGCGAGGCGACCCUCCGAGAGGACCCUGCGCGCCCCAGCGAGGCGACCCUCCGAGAGGACCCUGCGCGCCCCAGCGAGGCGACCCUCCGAGAGGACCCUGCGCGCCCCAGCGAGGCGACCCUCCGAGAGGACCCUGCGCGCCCCAGCGAGGCGACCCUCCGAGAGGACCCUGCGCGCCCCAGCGAGGCGACCCUCCGANCAUACUCUCCAGGUCCAUCCGGGCUGUUCGCAAAAGGGUUUUGCAAGAGCAGGCCGCUGGACUUGGUGUUCAUCAUCGACAGUUCUCGUAGCGUGCGGCCCUUGGAGUUCACCAAAGUGAAAACCUUCGUCUCGCGGAUCAUCGACACCCUGGACAUCGGGGCGGCCGACACGCGGGUGGCGGUGGUGAACUACGCGAGCACCGUCAGGAUCGAGUUCCACCUGCAGACCCACUCGGACAAGAAGUCCCUGAAAGAGGCCGUGGCGCGCAUCGCGCCCCUGUCCACAGGCACCAUGUCGGGCCUGGCCAUCCAGACGGCCCUGGAGGAGGCCUUCGCGGUGGAGGCCGGCGCCCGGGGGCCCGGCGCCAACAUCCCCAAGGUGGCCAUCAUCGUGACGGACGGGCGGCCGCAGGACCGGGUGGACCAGGUGGCCGCCCGCGCGCGGGCCUCGGGCCUCGAGCUCUACGCGGUGGGCGUGGGCCGCGCGGACCUGCAGUCGCUCAGGACACUGACUGUCAUCAACUUCCUUUGCUUAGCGGAGGACCCGUGCAUGCUUGGCACACACCAGUGCCAGCACGUAUGUGUCAGCGACGGGAACGGCAAGCACCACUGUGAGUGCAGCCAAGGCUACUCCUUGAACGCCGAUAAGAAGACGUGCUCAGCUAUCGAUAAGUGUGCUCUUAACACUCAUGGAUGCGAACACAUCUGUGUGAACGACAGAGCUGGCUCUUACCACUGUGAGUGCAACGAAGGUUAUACUUUGAACGAAGACAGGAGAACGUGUUCAGCUCAAGAUCAAUGUGCUUUGGGUACACAUGGCUGUCAGCACAUUUGUGUGAACGACAGAGCUGGGUCCCAUCACUGUGAAUGCUAUGAGGGCUACACUCUGAAUCGAGAUAAAAAAACCUGCUCAGUUCGUGACAAGUGUGCUCUGGGCUCUCACGGUUGCCAGCACAUUUGUGUGAGUGAUGGAGCCGCAUCCUACCACUGCGAUUGUCACACUGGCUUCACCUUGAAUGAAGACAAGAAGACAUGUUCAGCCAUUCAAGAAGCACGAAGACUCAUCUCCAUAAAAGAUGCAUGUGGGUGUGAAGCCACACUGACAUUCCAGAAUAAGGUCAUCUCGCACCUGCAGGGGCUGAACACCAAGAUCGAUGACAUUUUGGACAAAUUGCAAGCAAAGGAGCAUGGACAAAUACAUCAUUAAACUGAUCAAAAUUUUCACCCUGGCCCACAUGGCUCAGGUGGUUGAGCUGCGUCCCAAGCGCCAGAAGGUCGCCGGCUCAAUUCCAGGCAAGGCACAUGCCUGGGUUGUGGAGUCGAUCUUCAUUAGGGAGCAUGCAGGAGGCAGCCGAUGGAUGUU